AUUAUAAAUUAUUAAAAUCAUAAUAGCAAAUGUAAAUGAAUAACAUAUAAUAUGAGCAGGAAACAGGAUGAAUAUGAGACUAAUAAAGUAUUGUAAGAAAUAAGAAAUGAGGUUAUUGAUUUUACCACAUCAAAUUUCUUUGAUAAUGUUGUCAAGAGAUAUUAAAUAUAUGAACGCACGUGCUUCGAUUAAAAUAAAGGAAAUAGUUUAGAAUUUGUUAAGUGUAAAAAUUAAGUUAAUUUAAGGUAUGAUGCCCUUUUAAAAGAGAUAAUUAAAGGAAGAAAAAAAAAUGGAGUUUAAGAUCAAUUAUAUAAAAAAUGAAAUUGCUGAGUGUCUUCAGAAAAAAUAAAUAGAAUAGUGUAAACAAUCAGCUAUAAAUAACAUUAUUUAAGCUUAGAGUGAUUUUUUAUAAAGCAUAGAUAUAGAACUCCAAAAAUGA